CCGGCUCCUCCUCCUCUUCUCGCCAUUGCAGUUGGACUCAGCAACCCGGUACGCACCGCGUGGCUUUUGGGGGGAGACCCCGGCGGGUUGUGACAGGAGGUCAGCGGCGGUCGCGAUCGGGGAAGGGGACGCCGGCAAGGUAAAGACAGCUGAAGUAUUGAUAACAUAAAGGAAAUCUGUCACGAUUUGAAAAGAUAAGCAAAAUUUGAUUUCCAGACACUACAGAAAAAGAAGUAAAAAUGCGUCCAUUGCGAAUUUUUGUGAAUGAUGAUCGCCACGUAAUGGCAAAACAUUCUUCCGUUUAUCCAACCCAAGAGGAACUGGAGGCAGUCCAGAACAUGGUGUCCCACACAGAACGGGCUCUCAAAGCUGUCUCUGACUGGAUUGAUGAGCAAGAGAAAGGCAGUGGUGAGCAAGCUGAGUCUGAGAACUUGGACAUGCCCCCGGAGGAUGAGACCAAAGAAGGGGCUGGGGAACAGAAGACAGAGCACAUGACCAGAACCCUGCGGGGGGUUAUGCGUGUUGGCCUCGUGGCAAAGGGCCUGCUGCUCAAGGGGGACUUGGACUUAGAGCUGGUGCUGCUAUGCAAAGAGAAGCCCACAACUGCCCUCUUGGACAAGGUGGCUGACAAUUUGGCCAUCCAGCUCGCUGCUGUUACAGAAGACAAGUAUGAAAUACUCCAGUCUGUUGAUGAUGCUGCAAUAGUGAUAAAAAACACAAAGGAGCCUCCAUUGUCCCUGACCAUCCACCUGACAUCCCCUGUUGUCAGAGAAGAAAUGGAGAAAGUACUAGCUGGAGAAACGCUAUCAGUCAACGACCCCCCGGACGUCCUGGACAGGCAGAAAUGCCUUGCUGCCUUGGCGUCCCUCCGACACGCCAAGUGGUUCCAGGCCAGAGCCAAUGGGCUGAAGUCGUGUGUUAUUGUCAUCCGGGUCCUGAGGGACCUGUGCACCCGCGUGCCCACCUGGGGUCCUCUAAGAGGAUGGCCCCUUGAGCUUCUCUGUGAGAAGUCCAUCGGCACAGCCAACAGACCCAUGGGUGCUGGCGAGGCCCUGCGGAGAGUGCUGGAAUGCCUGGCUUCGGGCAUCGUGAUGCCAGAUGGUUCUGGCAUUUAUGACCCUUGUGAAAAAGAAGCCACUGAUGCUAUUGGGCAUCUAGACAGACAGCAACGGGAAGAUAUCACACAGAGUGCGCAGCAUGCUUUGCGAUUAGCUGCAUUUGGCCAGCUGCAUAAAGUCCUGGGCAUGGAUCCUCUGCCUUCUAAGAUGCCCAAGAAACCAAAGAAUGAAAACCCAGUGGACUACACGGUUCAAAUCCCCCCUAGUACCACCUAUGCCAUUACACCAAUGAAACGCCCAAUGGAGGAGGAUGGAGAGGAAAAAUCUCCCAGCAAAAAGAAGAAGAAGAUUCAGAAGAAAGAGGAGAAGGCAGAGCCUCCCCAGGCUAUGAAUGCCCUAAUGAGGCUGAACCAGCUGAAGCCCGGGUUGCAGUAUAAACUGGUUUCCCAGGCGGGGCCAGUCCACGCCCCCAUCUUCACCAUGUCUGUGGAAGUAGACGGCAGCUCAUUCGAGGCCUCCGGACCAUCCAAAAAGACUGCCAAGCUACAUGUGGCUGUUAAGGUGUUACAGGACAUGGGCUUGCCUACUGGUGCUGAAGGUAGAGACUCCAAUAAGGGGGAGGACUCAGCUGAGGAGACGGAGGCCAAGCCAGCCGUGGUGGCCCCUCCGCCUGUGGUAGAAGCCACUUCGACCCCCAGUGCUGCCUUCACCUCAGAUCCCAGUGCCGAGAACGUAAAACAGCAGGGGCCGAUCCUUACCAAGCAUGGCAAGAACCCUGUCAUGGAGCUUAAUGAGAAGAGACGUGGCCUCAAGUAUGAGCUCAUCUCAGAGACUGGUGGCAGCCAUGACAAGCGCUUUGUCAUGGAGGUCGAGGUAGAUGGACAGAAGUUUCAAGGUGCUGGCUCAAACAAAAAGGUGGCAAAAGCAUAUGCUGCCCUUGCUGCACUAGAAAAGUUGUUCCCAGAUGCUCCUCUGGCCCUUGAAGCCAAUAAGAAGAAGAGAGCACCUGUGCCUGUCAGGGGUGGACCGAAAUUUGCUGCUAAGCCGCAUAACCCUGGCUUUGGCAUGGGAGGCCCCAUGCACAAUGAAGUGCCCCCUCCCCCGAACCUUCGAGGGCGGGGAAGAGGAGGGAACAUUCGUGGUCGAGGGAGAGGGAGAGGAUUUGGUGGUGCCAACCAUGGAGGCUACAUGAAUGCUGGCGCGGGGUAUGGCAGCUAUGGAUACGGAGGCAAUUCUGCAACAGCCGGCUACAGUCAGUUCUACAGCAAUGGAGGGCAUUCUGGGAAUGCCGGCGGUGGCGGCGGCGGGGGCGGUGGUGGCUCCUCCGGCUACGGCUCCUACUACCAAGGCGACAACUACAACUCCCCAGUGCCCCCGAAACAUGCCGGGAAGAAGCAGCCCCAUGGGGGCCAGCAGAAGCCCUCCUACGGCUCAGGCUACCAGUCCCACCCAGGCCAGCAGCAGUCCUACAACCAGAGCCAGUACAGCAACUAUGGCCCCCCGCAGGGCAAACAAAAAGGCUAUAGUCAUGGCCAAGGCAACUAUUCCUCCUACUCCAACUCCUACAGCUCCCCCGGGGGCGGGGGUGGCUCUGACUACAGCUACGAGAGCAAAUUCAACUACAGUGGUAGCGGAGGCCGAAGCGGCGGUAACAGCUACGGUUCAGGCGGGUCAUCCUACAACCCAGGGUCACAUGGGGGCUACGGAGGAGGUUCUGGGGGCGGCUCCUCCUAUCAAGGCAAACAAGGAGGCUACUCGUCACAGUCGAACUACAACUCCCCGGGGUCCGGCCAGAAUUACAGCGGCCCUCCCAGCUCCUACCAGUCAUCACAGGGAGGCUAUGGCAGGAACGCAGACCACAGCAUGAACUACCAGUACAGAUAAAGCCCUGAGGGUGAAGAUUUGUACCUUCAGCACUUACCCCUCCUUGUUUCUAGGGAAAUCUUUGAGGCCAACCACCUGGUAGCCAGUGUCCGGGACUCUUCCUGGGCAGCAGCUGGAAAAUUCGGGAAUGUACAGAGCAUCCCCAAUCGUGGUUACGAACCUGGGAUGAUGUGCCGGCCUCCACUUGAGGGGAGCAGAAAUCUGCGGAAACCACAUUGCUGCAAACAUUACCCUUUACAAACAACCUCAUAUUCGCCCUUAACACUCGUUCCCUUUCCUGCCUAAUCAGCAUGUCCCGCCCAAAUGAAAGCAUUCUAUAGGCCCUGCCCAGGGACGAGAGGCUCGUAUCUUUGCAGUCACUUAAAUGGGACCGUUAGGCCCCGCCCCUGCCACACUCCCAUAGGGUGCAUGCAGAGGGCCGCUUUUAAUAGGUUGCCUCCGCUCUACCCACAGAGCAGCAGCAUCCCUUGUCGCCAGGCAACAUUGAUGGAACUGUCCAGAGUGCUGAAGCCUUCCAAAUGCCACCUCACUUCAUGGCGCCCCCAGGCCUCUGUACUGAGCGGCGUAGAGAUCUCAAUGCCUGUGAACGUCGGCUGCAACCCAUUUCCACCCACCCAUUACCUCUUGGUGAUAGAAAGAUCGCUUCUCUCCAUUCCCCUCCCAUCUAGCUCAGAAGAAAGUUCUCACCGCAAACUAGAGGACUUGCAUGACCUUGCCAUUUGACCUCCCACACCUCAUCUUCUGCUCCUUCCCUCACUCCCUAGGCAAGAUGAACUCUGCACUGCACCACAAACAAUUCAGGCACAUCCCCACCUCAGGGGCUUUGCUCUCGUGUUUCCUCUGCGUGAAAUGCACUCAGUUCCCAUCAUAGCUCCUCCCUCAUAUCUUUCAGGCCUUAACUCAAAUGUCACCUCAGUGAGACUGAUCGCGACCACCACCCUACCUUCCAACUCCUUGUCUCCUUCCUUGCCCUCUUAUUCUCCAGCACUGACCACCUGAGACAUGAUAUGCAUUGCUAAAUUUUUGUUUUUCCUUAAAGGCCACGGAUUUUUAUCUGUUGUUCACUGCUGUGUUUGCCAGCGAGAACAGUGCCUGACACGGAAACAGUUAUUGCAUGUAUACUCUAUAGUCGGACAUGUACUGUGUGCGAAUCCCUGCAUACUUCAUAAUGAUACCCUACCCCCGUUUGAAGGACAAACCGAGAUUCAGAGAAUGGCAAUCACCAGACCAAAGUCCCCACCUUUUGAGUGUCAGAGCCUGAAUCCUCCCUCUCAGGUUUCUCUGGCCAUAACCUUUCCACCCCGUCUCUGUGCUGCAAUCCCUAAUACUGCCUUCUUCAAAAAAAAGUAUAGGAGGGUAGCUUCAGAGGGCUCACACAGGACUAGAUUUCAACGCUUUUUCCUUGAAUACUAGCCAUGUGACCUGAGCGAGACGGCAAACAUCUCUGCCUCAUUUUCUUCAUUCAUAAAAUGGGGAUGAAAAUAAUACCCACCUCAUUGUACUGAGAGGGCCAAAUGAUGCAAUGACAUUGUAGAACUUACCAGACACCUGGCACACAUUGGCACCUGCUCUAUUAGUAUUGGCUGUUAAUCAUCACCAACAUUAUAUUAUUUAUGUGAAUUAAAAAAUAACUCUAAAAUAUUAGAAUAAUGAGACCAAAAAAAGCUACAGGAAGAAAGAGAUUCAAGAAGGUAAAAGUGAAGAAUACAUGCCAAACCUUACUGCAAUAAGACAGCAAAAAGAGAACUCAUGGACAUGGUCAAUAGUAUGAAGAUUGUGGGAGGGUGGGGUGUGAGGGAAGGUGGAAGACAAAUAAAUGGUAAUAGAAAAAUAAAAUAAAAAUAAACUUUUUAGAAAAGGAAAAAAAAUGACAUAGAGCUACUAAAGUGCUCUGUCCAGUAAGCAGGGAAAUUGUGUUAGAGAGGCUGUGGAGAAAUGGGCACUUCCAUCUACUCCUAUCUGGUGCAGACGCAAAUGUCAGACCCUGGUACAGGGCAUUUGGUAGGGUCUCAUAAUAUAUAAGCUUUAACCCAAUCAUUCAGCUGAUGGAAAUUUUUCCUAAAAAUAUACCUGCUGCCAUGUGAAAUUACUUCAAAACAAGAUGAUUAAGUGCAGCCUCGUUUAUAGAACAAAAGAUUACUCAUAACUCAAGUAAGAAUCAAUGGGAGACCCCUUAAGCAAGUGAUGGUCUACCCAUCACUUGCUUGAAAUAGGCAACUGCUAAGAGCAAGGAGACUAUAAACUGACAGGGUGGCCUCCAAAGUAUAGACAAAGAGCAAGGUGCAUUCUACCAGUGUAAGUACCAAGCCAUUUGUAUACAAAAAGGAUAAAUAGUUAGCUUUGUAUUUGUUUCUGUUUGCAUGAACAAAUGUAGGAAAGAUACAGGAAUCUAAUAAAAUGUUGCUAGAAAAAGCUGAGAUGAAAAGUGGGUGGGUGGGGGAUGAGUUUGGAGUGAGUUUGUUUGCAUUUUGCUUUUUCUGAAUUUUUUAUACAUUUGAAACUGAAAUAUUACAAAAGAAGAAAAGUCCCUAAAACAAGUACAGUUCAGUGAAGACCCUUGUACUUACAACCUCCAAAGACCAAUAUUUUGUAUUUUUGUUUCAUGUGGAAAAGAUGUGUGUGUGUAUACAAAACACUAAAAUUAAAAAAAAAGUAUUCAGCAGCUUAGUUGUAUUAAAUUCUGCUGCCAGAUCACCUAAGCUCAGUAAUAAAAAAAAAUUGUAAAUAGCUCCAACAUCUGAAAAGGUGUUCGAUCUAAGCAGGAAUCAUGGAAAUGCAAAUUAAAACUCCACUGAGAUUCCAUUUCACAUAAACUUGAUUGACAAAAUUUAAGACUUCUGAAUAUAUGAGAAUCUGAGAGGAAGUGACACGAGGGGGCUUUCCUGUGCUGCUUUUGCCUUGUAAAGUUGACUGUCCAUUGGGUCUAGGGUCCUGCUAUUCUAUUCCUAGGAAUUUUGCAGCAGUAUAAAAGGAAAUGAGUACACAAAUGCUUGUACCAGCACUGUAUAAUGGUAAAAAACAAAUAAAAUAAAAACACUGGAAAGUCCACAAGUCCAUUGAUUGGACAACGAAUAAAUAUACUUUAGUAUAUACUUUAGUAUAUUUAUACCAAUAUGUGAGUGGCUUGCAGAAGAAAUGAAUGAAUCACAACUACAUAUAGCAUGAAUAAAUCUUAGAGACAAUUGUAAGGAACAUAAAGCAAGUCACAGAGGCUGGGUGUGGUAUAAUUUUAUUAGUGUAAUUUAAAAAUUUUAUUCAUUUAUCUUUAAAGGGGAAGGGAAGGACAGAGGGAGAGAAAUAUCAAUGUAUGGUUGCUUCUCAUGUGUGUCCUGCUGGGAACUGGCCAGCAACCCAGGCAUGUGCCCUGCCUGGGAAUUGAACCAUGAUCAUUUGGUUCACAGGCCUGCGCUCAAUCCACUGAGCUAGAUCAGCCAGGGCUAAAUAUUUUAUUUAUUUAUUUUUAGAGAGAGAGAGGACAGGAAGGAGAAAGAGUGGGAGAGAAACAUCAAUGUGUGGUUGCUUCUCACGUGUCCCCUACUAGGGACCUGGCCUGCAACCCAGACAGGUGCUCUGACUGGGAAUCAAAUCCGUGACCCUUUGUUUCACAGGCCCAUGCUCAAUCUACUGAGCUACACCAACCAGGGCAUGAAAUUUACAUUAGAGUAAGUCAUAAUGGAAUGCCAUGAGUCAAUGGUCCAUGACUAGUGGAAAAUGACUAUUCCAAAGCCCCAUAAGUUUAUAAAAGUAUAAAAGUAUUAAAGCUUCUAGAAAAUGAAAAGCCAUUAUCUAAAUGAAUCAACUGAAAAUAAAAUAGCAACAUAUUUGCUUGUGUAUGCUGAUAAACAUGUCUGUAAGUAUACAUGAGAAUGAAUGUUAAAAGAAUGGCCAUGGCUGGGUGGCUCAGUUGGUUGGAGUGCUGUCUCCUAUACCAAAAGGUUGUGGGUUCAAUUCUAGGUAUGACCAGGGUACAUACCUAGGGUACAGAUUCGAUCCCUGGUCGGGGCUCAUAUAGGAGGCAGACAGAUUGAUGGUUCUCUCUCACACUGAUGUUUCUCUCUCUUCCUCUCUCUAAAAUCAGUAAAACAUCUUCAGGUAAGGAUUUAAUAAAAAAGAAUGAAUAUAAAAGAAU